UGAAGCGGCUGGAGAAGUUGCCGGCCGAGGAAACGCUGAAGAAGACAAUACUUCAUUGUGUCUGCAGUGAGUCUGAUUGGCUCAGAAAAAAACACAAUUUUACAGACAAAUAGCACCUUGUAUUUUUGUGCCACCUGUUGACACCUAAAAAGAUUGGGAUUGUGCUGCCACACCACAGUUCUUUCACAAAGUAGUUGAUGGCAUGUGUGGCCGGGCAUACCCUCGAUAUCAAGAUUAUAACACUAUCUGGAAUGUGACAGACUGGAUGGAGGUUCUAGAACAAACGGUGGCAUAUUUCAAAAGUACAGUUGGCAAAGAUCUUUCGGAUGAACAGGCCAUUGAGCCACUGAGUGAGCUGAAUUCUGACUCUCAAAGAGCAGCUAUGACUUGCUUGAAAGGCAGGAGACAUGAUAUCAGGAAUGCCUUACUUGAAAGAACAAACGCCAUCUGUUCAUCACAGCUCCUGGAUUUUGACUGGCAGCUAAAGCUUGCUCUCUCGAGCGAUAAGCUAUCCAUGCUGCAAAUGCCACUUUUAAACCUUGAUCUGGAUUUGACAGAGAAUGGUGACAUCAAGUUGUUCUCCAUAGAAAUGAAUAAAGAAGAAUUACAAAACCUAAUAAAUGCAUUGGAAGCAGCUAAUAAGGUUGUCCAGCAACUGAAGUGAUUCCAAUUAUCUGUGAUACCUCUCACUGAUGGAUAGACAGAUAUGUAUUCUGCAAAACAACAGGAACUGAAUAGCUGAGCUCAGGACAUAAAAGGGGAACAUGAACAACUUCAAUCCCAAAUUUACCAAGUGUCAGACUCUUGAUUUGUGCUAGACCAAAAUAAAUAGUAAGGAACAUUGUGACUUCAUUUGUGGGCAUGUCAAAAAGAGCAUUGUUUUGUCAGACUGUUAGCCGCACUUACGAGAAGUUGUGCUACUGUGUUAAAUUAUUUAUCAGCGAUCCUGACAACUUUGUCUUCUUAUGUUUCUAGCAAAGCAGCAAACAAUUACCUUAAAUAAUCUGGUGCAAACAUUCCUUUUCUGAUUGCUUGGGAUGUAUAUAAGAAGAUCAGUUCUAUAAAAUCAUUUUCAUACUAAAAGCAAAAUAUUCUCUUACGUUUCUACACUGCAUAGGAAAGAUAGUUUGUUGUCCAGAUCAAUCUCUAUUCUUAAAUGCAGUAAAAGAUGCCCACAGUUAUGCAUGACAGAUUGAACACAGCUCUGAGGUACUCUGAGAUUUGAGUAGACUUUUGAGUCCAGAAUGGUCUUUACAUAUGAGGAACUAGGAGAAUUCAUAAGCAAAUAUGGAAAACUUAUCAGAAAUUGAUAAUGUGGGUAAAUACAGCUGAACUGCAUUUCUUCAAAGCUCAAGGCUGCAAUCCUGAAAUCAACAGAAUCUAAGUGCCUGUUUAUGUCACUGAUAACCUAUAAGGGCAUUUCAACACCACCUUGUAAGCAUUCCACCUAACUCAAGCUUGUGAUGUGUAAGCGAAAUAAAUAUUUAAGGCUGGACUGUGUAGUUUAGUUGACAUCAGGUGUGAAUCUUCUAAAAUCUUAAGUGAUACUAGUCCAUGAAAACAAACAAUAGAUUCCUUAAGAGUCCGUAUUGUAACUGUCCCCGAGUCUGUCUAACCCUUUAAAGAAAGUUUGUGAAGGAGAACUUCCAAAGCAUUUGCUGUUCUUUUUAAAGCUAUGAUGUUCUUGUCCUUUAGUUGGAACUAUGGCUAAAAAAGAGUCCACCUGUUAUGGUUUAAACUACCAGAAGGGCUUCUGGGAUCUGACUAGACUAGGGCACCUGAAUCCUGUGGAAGACACUGCAGUGCUGGCUAGUUGACAGCGCUGUUCACAAAUUUAUGGUUAGGGCACCUUUUUGUUGAUAGCAUGACUUAAUGACUUUUUUGUGUUAGUGUAGACAUAAAAUGUUGAACAUUUAAAUUAGGGAUCUAACACUGCUCAGCUUGCUAGAAGUGUAGGAAAGGAGUUGUAAGAAAAAUGAGAUGGAAAUAUGGGUAUAAUCAGAGGAUUUUGAACUGUUUUAGUGGAAGGUAAGAAUGCUGGGGCCCUCAUUUUUGUUUUGUAAACUUGCCAAUCUGCAAAGCCACCUCAAUUUCAUCUUUUUCUUUUUUUCUUUGGUGUUGUGGUCACAUAGCUUGUCUUUUAUUAUCAUACCUUUAAUCUUGAGGAUUGGCACUACAUAUGAACAUUGACAAAGUUGUAAAGUUGUAUUGACAUUGUCAAAAACCUUUCCCUUCAUAUAAAGAAGGGAUUUGGUUGUAGUUAAAUUAAAAGAUUAUUAUGUUAACAUGUGUUGCUGUAUUAGUACCUAAAUCUCAAUGUUUUUCAAGUGCUUAAAAUGUUUGCACAAUUGACUGAUAAAAUGUGAGAAGAAA